AUGGAGUUGGUGCAGCUGUUCAACAAAUUCCAGUGCUGGUCAUGCCAGUGUGGAGACAUGGACGAUCCAGUGGAGCAGAAGGUUUCGGUGACGGCCAUGGAGUUCCGCUUCCAGCACUUCCCAGGCGCCAAAGAACGCAGGGACAGCGAGAGCUCCCUGGGGGCAAGUGAGCUCGCUUCGGAGACCGGCAAAUCAAAGCUGAGCCCACGAGAGCACCAGCGGCAUGAGCUGAAGCAGCUCAUGAGACGAUUUGCAACUCGUGGCAUGGACUCUGUUUCGAUUCAAUUGUUCGACGAGUUGUCUGGUGCGACCUCCCAGGGCACGUACCAGGUUGAUGAUCUGUUGGAAUCCAUCCGCUUUAUGCCGGAGGACACAGCUGACAGCUCGCCGUAUGCCGGACCAGAACACAGUGUCAACAUUGGGCAGGUCGUUGCUGUGGCUUCGGGCGCGGAGUGCGCCGCCUACGUGGAGUCAGGUGCCUGGGGUCAGCUGACCGCAGCGGAUCAAGCUCGCUUGCUGGUGCUUGUUUACCACACCCAGCCCCAUGGGAGCCUGCCAUCGGUGGACUGCCGCAAGGUUUGUUUCAUGGAAGAUGAUGAAGCCAGCGGCCAGAUGUUUGCAAUUUGCGUAAGGAUCCUUCGCCGCUACAUGGAGGAGCAACUGGUGAAGUUGCACAAUCGUUUGGAAGAAGCUUUGGCUGUGCUACAGGAGGGUCAAAAGAUGUAUGCCACGCAGCAGAAGGUGAUGGAUUCACAGCAAGAGCAAAUCGAGCGGCUGUGCCCGGGACAUUAG